AGUUCGAGUGUACUGUAGUGGUCCCGCAACUUAGAAAAACAUUUCCCCUUCUUCACCGCCUCACAUCGACUUCCAAUAGCUUUUAGGGAUUCUAAACCCUAAUUUUUCCACACCCCUCUCUCCCUUUCUCUCCCUCUUCGUUACUUCCCUAAAACAGAAAAUUAAUAAAUAUUGAAUCUUCACAUCAUAAUUUCAUAGACAAUAGUUUGUAUACCAAAUAACUAUAUAUAAUAUAUAUAACCUGUACUUGCAGUAAUCGCGGAAAAAAUAAUGUCGGAAAAAUUCUCGGCGACGCUAAGAAUUGGGGACUUGAAUGAUUACAUAGCACCCUCACAGGGUUGUGUUAUCAAAUCCGAGAAUGGAGGGAAAGCAAAGACUGCUCCUAAAGCAUUGCAAACUGAGCCCGUGAAGAUCUCGCUGAAAGACUGCUUAGCUUGCAGUGGGUGCAUAACAUCUGCAGAGACAGUUAUGCUUGAGAAGCAGAGUUUGGGCGAGUUUCUUUCAAACCUUAACAAAGGAAAAGCCGUUAUUGUCUCCCUUUCUCCCCAGUCUAGAGCUUCUCUCUCCGUUCAUUUUGGGCUUUCUCCCAUUCAGGUCUUUCGGAAACUCACGACAUUAUUUAAGUCUAUGGGAGUGAAAGCAAUAUUUGAUACAAGCAGCAGUCGGGAUUUAACACUUGUUGAGUCUUGUAAUGAAUUCAUUGCACGUUAUAGACAAAGCAAUUCAACUGAUGAUGAGAAGUUGAAAUCCUCCCUUCCUAUGAUUUCAUCUGCAUGUCCAGGUUGGAUUUGCUAUGCAGAAAAAACUCUUGGAUCCUAUAUUCUCCCAUAUAUUUCUUCGGUGAAAAGUCCCCAACAAACAAUUGGAGCUGCCAUUAAGAACCACCUCUGCCAAAAAUUGUAUCUGAGGCCAGAGGAUAUAUAUCAUGUUACUGUGAUGCCAUGUUAUGACAAAAAGCUUGAGGCUGCUCGGGAUGACUUUGUCUUCCAAGUGGAUUCUGACAGUGAAAGAAUUACAGAGGUAGACUCAGUAUUGACUACUGGAGAGGUUUUGGAUCUAAUCCAGUCUAGAUCAGUUGAUUUUCCUGCCUUGGAGGAGUCUCCAGUGGAUAAACUAUUGUCAAAUGUAGAUGAAGAAGGCAAUCUCUAUGGUGUCCGUGGGAGUUCAGGAGGAUAUGCUGACACUAUAUUCCGACAUGCAGCAAAAGUGCUUUUUGACAAGGAAAUCGAUGGUCCUCUUGAGUUUAAGACUAUAAGGAAUGCUGAUUUCCAAGAAGUUACUCUUGAAGUGCAGGGUAAAGUUGUGUUGAGAUUUGCACAAUGUUAUGGAUUCAGGAACCUACGUAACAUAGUUAUGAAAAUAAAAAGUGGAAAGUGUGAAUAUCAGUUUUUGGAGAUAAUGGCCUGCCCUUCAGGGUGCUUGAAUGGCGGAGGCCAGAUCAAGCCCAGGCCUGGACAAUCUGCAAAAGAUUUGAUUCAAUUGUUAGAAACAGCUUAUUCAGAAAAUGUGUUGGUUGCGGAUCCUUUUGAAAAUCCUCGGAUCAAAAGGCUAUACAAUGAGUGGCUUGGGGAACCUGGUUCAGAGAAGGCAAAGAGACAUCUGCACACAGAAUACCAUCCUGUCGUGAAAAGCAUUUCCUCCCAGUUGCAGAACUGGUAAGGGAUGUAUAGUUCUUUUGGCAUAAUAGCUUCAGUGAGUUGCAUGCAAUAAGAUUAGUCAGGCACCAGAGUUGUUCGCCCACUUGUACCACAAUGGUGUACAUAUCAUAGUUUUUCUCUCGUUUGGGGUAGCCUGGCUUUGGUUCUAUACCUACAGGAAUCCAGUUUUGGUAGAGAGUCUUUGUAUAGGCAGUUGUUCAAUUUUGUUCAUGUAUUCGUACCACUAUACAUAUUAUCAAUCUUACUGUGUAAGAUGAUGAAAGAAAGACUUAGCAGCCGGAAUCCAGAUGGCAUUAAUAUGGGACACUUCUGUAGCACCUUUUCUGAAAUGGGUUCAGGUUCAAAGAUUAUAGCAAUUUUUACCAA